AUGGUGAAGAGGAAGAGCUCCGAGGGCCAGGAGCAAGACGGCGGCCGUGGGAUCCCCUUGCCCAUCCAGACCUUCCUGUGGCGGCAAACCAGUGCAUUUUUGAGGCCUAAAUUGGGAAAGCAGUAUGAAGCCUCUUGUGUGUCCUUUGAACGAGUGUUAGUAGAAAACAAGCUGCAUGGCCUCUCUCCAGCCCUCUCUGAAGCCAUCCAGAGCAUUUCCAGAUGGGAACUGGUACAAGCUGCUUUGCCUCAUGUCCUCCACUGCACUGCAACCCUGCUGUCAAACAGAAACAAGCUAGGACACCAGGAUAAACUGGGUGUUGCUGAGACAAAGCUCCUUCAUACCCUGCAUUGGAUGCUCCUGGAGGCCCCACAGGACUGCAACAGUGAGCGUUUUGGGGGCACAGACCGAGGUUCCAGCUGGGGUGGCAGCAGCAGUGCUUUCAUCCACCAGGUUGAAAACCAGGGUUCUCCAGGGCAACCUUGCCAAAGCACCUCCAAUGAUGAGGAAGAAAACAACCGAAGGAAGAUUUUCCAGAACUCCAUGGCUACUGUGGAGCUCUUUGUGUUUCUGUUUGCUCCUCUGGUACACAGAAUCAAGGAAUCUGACCUCACAUUUCGACUGGCCAGUGGACUUGUUAUAUGGCAGCCCAUGUGGGAACACAGACAGCCUGAAGUCUCCGGCUUCACAGCACUGGUGAAGCCCAUCAGGAAUAUCAUUACAGCUAAGAGAAGCUCUCCUAUCAAUAGUCAAAGUCAGACCUGUGAAUCACCGAAUCAAGACACAAGACACCGAGAGGGACUCCAGGUGGUCUGUGAAACGUUCCAGUCAGAUUCCAUCUCCCCCAAGGCCACCAUUUCAGGCUGCCACCGAGGAAACUCCCUUGAUGGAAGUCUGUCCUCCCAAACUUCCCAGGAAAGAGGACCAUCACACUCCAGGGUCUCUCUUGUGAUACCUCCAUGCCAAAGGUCCCGCUAUGCCACCUACUUUGAUGUCGCUGUUCUUCGCUGCCUACUCCAGCCGCACUGGUCUGAGGAAGGCACUCAGUGGUCUCUGAUGUACUAUCUACAAAGACUGAGACACAUGUUGGAAGAGAAGCCAGAAAAGCCUCCAGAGCCAGAUAUUCCUCUCCUGCCCAGACCCAGGAGUAGCUCCAUGGUGGCAGCAGCUCCCUCACUAGUGAACACACAUAAAACCCAAGAUCUCACCAUGAAGUGCAACGAAGAGGAGAAAUCUCUCAGUCCUGAAGCCUUUUCCAAGGUUUCAUUGACGAAUUUACGCAGGUCUGCCAUCCCAGAUCUUUCUUCAGAUCUUGGCAUGAACAUUUUUAAGAAGUUCAAGAGCCGCAAAGAAGACAGAGAGAGGAAAGGUUCCAUCCCAUUCCACCACACGGGGAAGAGGCGGCCUCGGAGAAUGGGAGUGCCAUUCCUGCUACACGAGGAUCACCUGGAUGUGUCCCCAACUCGUAGCACGUUCUCCUUCGGAAGUUUCUCCGGGCUCGGAGAAGACAGACGAGGCAUGGAAAAAGGAGGCUGGCAAACCACCAUUUUAGGGAAAUUUACCAGGCGGGGCAGUUCCGACGCGGCCACCGAGAUGGAGAGCCUGAGCGCCAGGCACUCCCACUCUCAUCACACGCUGGUGAGUGACCUGCCAGACCACUCCAACAGCCACGGGGAAAACACCGGCAAGGAAGUGCGAUCUCAGAUCUCCACUAUUACAGUUGCAACCUUCAAUACCACGUUGGCAUCGUUCAAUGUCGGCUACGCAGACUUUUUCAGUGAGCACAUGCGGAAGCUCUGCAACCAGGUGCCCAUCCCUGAGAUGCCACACGAACCCCUGGCGUGUGCAAACCUGCCUCGAAGCCUCACAGACUCCUGCAUAAACUACAGCUACUUGGAAGACACAGAACAUAUUGAUGGGACCAAUAACUUUGUCCACAAGAAUGGCAUGCUUGAUCUUUCUGUGGUUCUGAAGGCCGUUUAUCUUGUCCUUAACCAUGACAUCAGUUCUCGCAUAUGCGACGUGGCGCUGAACAUUGUGGAAUGCUUACUUCAGCUUGGUGUGGUGCCCUGUGUAGAGAAGAACAGAAAGAAGAGUGAAAACAAGGAAAAUGGAACCGUAGAAAAAAGGCCAAGUGAGGGAACUUUCCAAUUCAAAGGAAUAUCUGGAAGCUCCACCUGUGGCUUUGGGGGCCCUACAGUGAGUGGAGCUGGAGAUGGUGGAGGAGAUGAAGGAGGAGGUGGUGAUGGAGGAGGUGGAGGAGGUGAUGGAGGAGGAGGUGGAGGAGGUGGAGGUGGCCCCUAUGAGAAGAAUGACAAGAACCAAGAUAAGGAUGAAAGUACACCUGUAAGCAACCAUAGGCUUGCUCUAACCAUGCUCAUCAAAAUCGUCAAAUCCCUGGGAUGUGCCUAUGGUUGUGGAGAAGGACAUCGAGGGCUCUCUGGAGAUCGUCUGAGACACCAGGUAUUCCGGGAGAAUGCCCAGAACUGCCUCACUAAGUUAUACAAGCUAGAUAAGAUGCAGUUCCGACAAACCAUGAGGGAUUAUGUGAACAAGGACUCUCUCAAUAACGUAGUGGACUUCUUGCAUGCUUUGCUAGGAUUUUGUAUGGAGCCGGUCACUGACAACAAGGCUGGGUUCGGAAAUAACUUCACCACGGUGGACAACAAAUCCACAGCCCAAAAUGUGGAAGGCAUUGUCGUCAGCGCAAUGUUUAAAUCCCUCAUCACACGCUGUGCUUCAACUACUCAUGAACUACACAGCCCUGAGAAUCUGGGGCUGUAUUGUGACAUCCGUCAGCUGGUCCAGUUUAUCAAGGAGGCCCAUGGGAAUGUCUUCAGGAGAGUGGCCCUCAGCGCUUUGCUUGACAGUGCUGAGAAGUUGGCACCAGGGAAAAAGGUGGAGGAAAAUGAACCGGAAUCUAAGCCUGGAAGAGGAAAAAGGUCAGAGGCGGGAAGCGUGGUGGAUAAAGGCCAGGUGACUGCCGCACCUGAGGAAUGCCGCAGCUUCAUGUCCGGCCGCCCCUCACAGACUCCAGAGCACGAUGAACAAAUGCAAGGGGGAAACCUGGGGCGAAAAGAUUUCUGGCGCAAGAUGUUCAAAUCCCAGAGUGCGGCAAGUGACACCAGCAGCCAGUCUGAGCAAGACACUUCAGAAUGCACCACUGCCCAUUCAGGGACCACCUCUGACAGGCGCGCCCGCUCUCGGUCCCGCAGGAUUUCACUCCGGAAGAAGCUUAAACUUCCCAUAGGUAAAAGAAACUGGCUGAAACGCUCCUCCCUCUCGGGCUUGGCAGAUGGAGUGGAAGACCUCCUGGACAUCAGUUCUGUGGACCGCCUGUCUUUCAUCAGGCAAAGCUCCAAGGUCAAAUUCACCAGUGCCGUGAAGCUUUCUGAAGGUGGGCCAGGGAGUGGAAUGGAAAAUGGAAGAGAUGAAGAAGAAAAUUUCUUCAAGCGUCUUGGUUGCCACAGUUUCGAUGACCAUCUGCCUUCCAACCAAGAUGGCGGAAAAAGCAAAAACGUGGUGAAUCUUGGAGCAAUCCGGCAAGGCAUGAAGCGCUUUCAGUUUCUGUUGAAUUGCUGUGAACCAGGGACAAUUCCUGAUGCGUCGAUCUUGGCAGCUGCCUUGGAUCUCGAAGCGCCGGUGGUGGCCAGAGCAGCAUUGUUCCUGGAAUGUGCCCGAUUUGUGCACCGCUGCAACCGUGGCAACUGGCCAGAGUGGAUGAAAGGGCAUCACGUGAACAUCACUAAGAAAGGCCUUUCCAGGGGACGGUCCCCCAUCGUGGGCAACAAGCGGAACCAGAAGCUGCAAUGGAAUGCUGCCAAACUCUUCUACCAGUGGGGAGACGCAAUCGGCGUCCGGUUGAAUGAGCUGUGUCAUGGGGAAAGUGAGAGUCCAGCCAACCUGCUGGGUCUCAUUUAUGAUGAGGAGACCAAGAGGAGACUGAGAAAGGAGGAUGAGGAAGAAGACUUUUUAGAUGACAGUACUGUGAACCCCUCUAAAUGUGGCUGCCCCUUUGCCUUGAAGAUGGCAGCCUGCCAGCUUCUCCUGGAGAUUACCACCUUCCUACGAGAGACCUUUUCAUGUCUGCCCAGACCACGCACUGAGCCUCUGAUGGACUUGGAGAGCUGCAGACUUCGUUUGGACCCUGAAUUGGACCGGCACAGAUAUGAAAGGAAGAUCAGCUUUGCUGGUGUCCUGGAUGAAAAUGAAGACUCAAAAGAUUCCCUUCACAGUAGUAGCCACACCCUCAAAUCAGAUGCAGGUGUUGAAGAGAAGAAAGUUCCCAGCAGGAAGAUCAGGAUAGGAGGUUCCCGCCUGCUCCAGAUUAAAGGAACCCGCAGUUUCCAGGUGAAGAAGGGGGGUUCCUUGUCCAGCAUUCGCCGGGUCGGCAGCUUAAAGAGCAGCAAGUUAUCACGGCAGGACUCAGAGUCUGAGGCUGAGGAGCUGCAGCCGUCCCAGAGCAGGGACACUGUCACUGACCUAGAAGGGAGUCCUUGGAGUGCAAGUGAGCCCAGCAUUGAGCCCGAGGGCAUGAGUGCAGCCGGCGUGGAGGAAAAUUACCACAGGAACAUGUCAUGGCUUCAUGUCAUGAUCUUGCUUUGCAACCAGCAGAGCUUCAUCUGCAGCCACAUCGACUACUGCCAACCUCACUGCUAUCUGCACCACAGCCGCUCCUGCGCCCGGCUGGUCAGGGCCAUUAAGCUGCUCUACGGAGACACUGUGGACUCCCUCCGUGAGAGCAGCAGCUUCAGCAACGUGGCUCUCCGGGGCAAGAAGCAGAAAGAGUGCUCAGAUAAAUCAUGCCUGAGGACACCUUCUCUGAAGAAGAGAGUUUCAGAUGCCAGCCUGGAGGGGAAGAAAGACUCUGGAAUGCUGAAAUACAUUAGACUACAGGUGAUGAGCCUGUCGCCUGCUCCCUUAUCUCUACUGAUCAAGGCCGCACCAGUUCUGACAGAGGAGAUGUAUGGAGAUAUCCAGCCGGCUGCCUGGGAACUCCUGCUCAGCAUGGAUGAGCAUAUGGCGGGGGCAGCAGCGGCCAUGUUCCUGUUGUGUGCGGUCAAAGUCCCCGAGGCUGUGUCCGAUAUGCUGACGUCAGAGUUUCACCAUCCAGAGACUGUGCAGAGACUGAACGCCGUCCUAAAGUUCCACACGCUCUGGAGGUUUCGCUAUCAGGUCUGGCCCCGAAUGGAAGAGGGAGCCCAGCAGAUUUUUAAGAUCCCACCUCCCAGUAUAAAUUUCACCCUGCCAUCACCCGUGCUCGGAAUGCCAUCCGUCCCGAUGUUUGACCCUCCCUGGGUCCCUCAGUGCAGCGGGAGUGUCCAGGACCCCAUUAAUGAAGACCAGUCUAAAUCCUUUUCAGCCCGGGCUGUGUCCCGCUCCCAUCAAAGGGCAGAACACAUCUUAAAGAACUUGCAACAGGAGGAAGAGAAGAAGCGUCUUGGUCGAGAAGCCAGCCUCAUCACCGCCAUCCCUAUCACCCAGGAGGCUUGCUACGAGCCCACCUGCACGCCCAACUCAGAGCCAGAGGAAGAAGUAGAAGAAGUCACCAAUCUGGCCUCUCGUCGACUGUCUGUGAGUCCGUCCUGUACCUCCAGCACUUCCCACAGGAAUUACUCCUUCCGCCGAGGAUCGGUCUGGUCAGUGCGUUCAGCCGUCAGUGCUGAAGAUGAGGAACACACCACCGAACACACGCCCAACCACCACGUGCCUCAGCCCCCGCAGGCUGUGUUCCCAGCAUGCAUCUGUGCAGCCGUGCUCCCCAUUGUCCAUCUGAUGGAGGACGGUGAGGUGCGAGAAGAUGGAGUGGCAGUGAGUGCUGUGGCCCAGCAAGUCUUAUGGAAUUGUCUAAUUGAAGAUCCAUCAACAGUUCUUCGACAUUUUCUGGAAAAACUGACCAUCAGCAAUAGACAAGAUGAGUUAAUGUACAUGCUGCGCAAACUACUACUGAACAUCGGAGACUUUCCUGCUCAGACCUCUCACAUCCUGUUCAACUACUUGGUGGGAUUAAUCAUGUACUUUGUGCGGACCCCCUGCGAGUGGGGGAUGGACGCCAUUUCGGCCACUCUGACUUUCCUGUGGGAGGUGGUCGGUUAUGUGGAAGGCCUGUUCUUCAAGGAUCUGAAGCAGACAAUGAAGAAGGAGCAGUGUGAGGUGAAGCUCUUGGUGACCGCUUCAAUGCCAGGUACCAAAACCUUGGUAGUUCAUGGACAGAAUGAGUGUGACAUCCCAACCCAGUUGCCAGUCCAUGAAGACACUCAGUUUGAAGCCCUGUUAAAGGAGUGUCUGGAGUUUUUUAAUAUCCCAGAAUCACAGUCAACACAUUACUUUCUCAUGGAUAAACGGUGGAACCUUAUCCACUACAAUAAGACCUACGUUCGGGAUAUUUACCCAUUCAGGAGAUCCGUGUCUCCACAGCUGAACCUUGUACACAUGCAUCCAGAGAAAGGACAGGAGCUCAUUCAGAAACAGGUGUUCACUCGGAAGCUGGAGGAAGUGGGGCGGGUUUUGUUUCUCAUCUCCCUCACCCAGAAGAUCCCCACAGCCCACAAGCAGUCCCACGUCUCCAUGCUCCAGGAAGACCUCCUCCGACUGCCCUCAUUCCCUCGAAGUGCUAUUGAUGCGGAGUUUUCACUCUUCAGUGAUCCUCAAGCUGGAAAGGAACUCUUUGGCCUUGACACUCUUCAGAAAAGCUUGUGGAUCCAGCUCCUGGAGGAGAUGUUCCUGGGCAUGCCUAGUGAGUUCCCCUGGGGAGAUGAAAUCAUGCUUUUCCUCAACGUCUUUAAUGGGGCUCUGAUCCUGCACCCAGAAGACAGUGCCCUGCUCAGGCAGUAUGCGGCCACCGUCAUCAACAGUGCUGUGCACUUCAAUCACCUCUUCUCCCUCAGCGGCUACCAGUGGAUUCUGCCCACCAUGCUGCAGGUGUACUCUGACUAUGAAAGCAACCCUCAGUUGCGCCAAGCCAUUGAGUUUGCCUGCCACCAGUUCUACAUCCUACAUCGCAAGCCCUUUGUGCUCCAGCUGUUUGCAAGUGUGGCCCCUCUGCUGGAGUUCCCUGAUGCUGCCAAUACUGGAUCCAACAAAGGUGUGUCAGCCCAGUGCCUGUUUGACCUGCUGCAGUCCCUGGAGGGAGAGACCACUGACAUCCUGGACAUCUUAGAGCUGGUCAAAGCUGAGAAGCCUCUUAAGUCAUUGGAUUUCUGCUAUGGAAACGAAGAUCUGACCUUCUCUAUAAGCGAAGCCAUUAAGCUCUGUGUUACAGUGGUGGCAUACGCUCCUGAAUCAUUCAGAAGUCUUCAGAUGCUGAUGGUCUUGGAAGCUUUAGUGCCAUGUUACUUACAAAAGCUGAAGAGGCAGACCUCACAGGUGGAGACGGUACCUGCUGCCCGAGAGGAGAUCGCCGCCAUGGCUGCUCUUGCCACUUCCCUUCAGGCCCUUCUGUACAGCGUGGAGGUCCUCACCAGGCCCAUGACAGCCCCCCAGAUGAGCAGGUGUGACCAAGGCCAUAAAGGGGCCACCACAGCCAACCACACCAUGUCCUCUGGGGUGAAUACCAGGUACCAGGAACAAGGCGCCAAACUGCACUUCAUCAGAGAAAACCUGCACUUACUGGAGGAAGGGCAGGGCCUUCCCAGGGAGGAGCUGGAUGAACGGAUCGCUCGGGAGGAGUUCAGGCGGCCUCGGGAGUCUCUGCUGAACAUCUGCACAGAGUUCUACAAGCACUGCGGGCCCAGGCUGAAGAUCUUGCAAAACCUGGCGGGCGAGCCGCGGGUCACGGCCUUGGAGCUGCUGGAUGUGAAGUCUCACAUGAGGUUGGCAGAAAUCGCACACUCCCUUCUGAAGCUGGCCCCAUACGACACCCAGACCAUGGAGAGCCGUGGGCUUCGACGCUACAUCAUGGAGAUGCUCCCCAUCACCGACUGGAGCGCUGAGGCAGUGCGGCCGGCCCUUAUCCUCAUUUUAAAGAGAUUGGAUAGGAUGUUCAACAAAAUUCAUAAGAUGCCUACUUUGAGGCGACAGGUUGAGUGGGAACCUGCCAGCAAUUUGAUUGAAGGGGUUUGUUUGACGCUUCAGAGGCAGCCAAUCAUUUCCUUCCUGCCUCACCUUAGGUCACUGAUCAAUGUCUGUGUCAAUCUGGUGAUGGGAGUGGUAGGACCCUCCAGUGUUGCUGACGGAUUGCCCCUUCUUCAUCUCAGCCCUUAUCUCUCACCACCUCUGCCCUUCAGCACAGCUGUUGUCCGGCUUGUAGCAUUGCAGAUACAGGCUUUAAAAGAAGAUUUCCCCUUAAGCCAUGUGAUCUCCCCAUUCACCAAUCAAGAGCGAAGGGAGGGGAUGCUUUUAAAUCUGCUCAUCCCAUUUGUGCUCACAGUAGGAUCUGGAAGCAAAGACAGCCCAUGGCUGGAACAGCCCGAGGUGCAGCUGCUAUUGCAGACGGUCAUUAACGUUCUCCUCCCUCCACGGAUCAUCAGCACAUCCAGGAGCAAGAAUUUUAUGUUGGAGAGCUCCCCUGCUCACUGCUCCACCCCAGGGGAUGCAAGCAAAGACCUGCGCAAGGAAGGGCUGGCAGAGUCCACCAGCCAAGCAGCAUACUUAGCGCUGAAGGUGAUCCUCGUCUGCUUUGAGAGGCAGCUCGGAAGCCAGUGGUACUGGCUGAGCCUCCAGGUGAAGGAGAUGGCCCUGCGGAAGGUCGGGGGCCUGGCCUUGUGGGACUUCCUGGACUUCAUCGUGCGGACCCGCAUCCCCAUCUUCGUGCUCCUGCGCCCCUUCAUCCAGUGCAAGCUUCUGGCCCAACCAGCAGAGAACCAUGAAGAGCUUUCUGCCCGACAACACAUCGCUGACCAGCUAGAGCGGCGUUUCAUUCCACGCCCUCUGUGUAAGAGCUCCCUCAUUGCUGAGUUCAACAGUGAACUGAAAAUUCUAAAAGAGGCAGUUCACAGUGGAUCGGCUUACCAAGGAAAGACGUCCAUCAGCACCGUGGGCACUUCCACCUCUGCCUACCGCCUGAGCCUGGCCACCAUGUCCCGCUCCAACACUGGUACUGGCACUGUCUGGGAGCAGGACAGUGAGCCAUCCCAGCAGGCUUCCCAGGACACCCUGAGUCGAACUGAUGAGGAGGAUGAGGAAAACGACUCUGUCAGCAUGCCCAGUGUGGUAAGUGAACAGGAAGCUUACCUCCUGAGCACCAUUGGAAGGAGGCGGUUCUCCAGCCACGUCUCCAGCAUGUCUGCACCUCAGGCUGAGGUGGGCAUGUUACCCAGCCAAAGUGAACCUAAUGUCCUCGAUGACUCCCAGGGCCUGGCCGCCGAGGGCAGCCUCUCUAGGGUGGCGAGUGUGCAGAGUGAGCCUGGCCAACAGAACCUUCUUGUUCAGCAGCCGCUGGGGAGGAAGAGGGGCCUGCGGCAGCUAAGGCGUCCUCUGCUAUCGCGUCAGAAGACUCAGACUGAACCCAGAAACCGCCAUGGGGCUCGGCUGUCAACCACCCGCAGGAGCAUUCAACCUAAGACAAAGCCAUCCGCGGACCAAAAACGAUCUGUGACCUUCAUCGAGGCUCAGCCAGAGCCAGCAGGUGCCCCAAUAGACACACUUCCUGCCACAGGCCAGCCACAGGGCUGCAGCCCAGCCCCAUCCAGGAAACUGGAAGGAAUGGACAAGCCAGUGCUCACGUCUUCUCCUGCCAUUGUUGUUGCUGAUCUUCACAGCCUGUCUCCCAAGCAGGGUGAGACCCCGCCACCUGAAGGAGGAGGAAGAAAGGAGGACACAGAAGUACCAGGUGCUACGGCACACAGCCCCCUCUCUACGCAGCUCUCAGACCCUGAUGACUUCACGGGCCUUGAGACAUCCAUCCUCCUACAGCACGGAGACACUGUUCUUCAUAUCAGUGAGGAAAAUGGCAUGGAGAACCCGCUGCUGGCCAGCCAGUUCCCUUUUACUCCCACGGAGCGGGGGGAAACAGAUGUAGACCUAGAUGAGUCUCAUGUUUAG